AUUAGCAUAUAAGUAAGCACAUGGAUUCACAACCAGAGGCAUUGGGUUUGCACUUGCUUGGGAGUACAAAUGCGAGUAACACCAAAGUUGGUUGGUUCUGACAGUAGAGGGUGAAUGCGUGGUCUGGGUUGCUCGAUAAGCAAAACAGGACUGAAGAAGUCAACCCCUGUCCGUUCAAAGCUAGAUUAUAUAAUAAAAGAAAAGGAAGGCCUAGUGCAGGAGAUAUUAGAGAUAAAGAAAUCAUUGGUCGAUAUAAAGGCUUGGGUGGGUAUGCAUCAAGAGGCACAGUCUGGUCAAAACCUCUCAUCAUCACCAGCGGCUAAAUCUACUCAGGCCUCGUCACCGGAUACUAUAUAUAUCGGUAAGAGAUGCGAGUUGCUUGGUUGGGGCUUACGUGGUGUUGUUGCUCAUGGUCAAGUACACGAAGUUAGUCCAAAUGCAGUUGUCCAUGGUGAGCCAGUAGUGGAGGGAGCUUUUGUUGUUAUCUUGACUGAGAUUAUACACCAUGGUGUUCCUUUGUGGAAAGAAGAUGGAUUUGCAUCUACACUUGGAGAGGCUGGCGUGGGAUCAUUUGUGCAAUGGGGGAAGCAAUCAAUGAGAUUCCAAUAAUUUGAACAAAUAUAGUACUAUAUAACUGAACAUAUAGUAAUUUGGCUUAAGUGGCCGGAUUUUGGUUGGGGCUUACAUGGUGCUUUUUUU